CGCGAGCCCUCGCCGCGAGAGAACGGCGCAAAGGUUGGCGGUGUGCUUCCGAGGACUGUCUACGACCGCCAGAUCGCCUGGCUGCGGCAACGGGAUGCGGAGCUGCUGGAGCAACGCCGAAUUCAAUUCGAGGCAGCCACGUGUCGCGACUCCCUCAGCUCGGGUAAUGACACACCGAGGAGGAAGAGGCCAAUGUCAGCGCCGGGAACGCCGCAGCGUAAGCUGGAGGCCCCCACGGUAAGUGGCACCGGCGCAGCUCUUCUGGCCAAGCUAAAGGGCGCCAGGUAUCUGGACGAUGAUCCCCCGCCACCCCGACGGCGCUCACCGGAGCCGCGCGGGCUCUGGAGCCGUCCGCCACGAAGGAGGCCUGGCACAGUCGCCUGCACUACCUGUAGCCGACCAUGUCCCGUGGACGUCCUGUACUGCAAGCACUGUGGCCAGAAGCGCUUGAAGGUGCCUACUGCUCCUCCCGAUUUCAAUGGCUUAG